AGCAGCAUAGUGAGUGUGUGUGUAUGUGUGUGUGUGUGAGAGAAAGACAGAGUGAGUGAGUGUGACUGUGUGUGUGAGAGAGAAAAGACUAGACGUUUUCUUCGUAUCAGAGUUUUUUUCUCUCUCGUUUACCAAGAUGCACCCGGUGAGCGUGUCGAUCCCGUCGUUUCGCUUCGAAAAUAACUCGGUGGAGAAAGGAUACACGGUCUUUAAAAUCGACGUGCUGAUGAACGGCCGGCAGCACACCGUCGAGAAGCGCUACAGCGAAUUCCACGCUCUGCAUAAAAUGCUAAAGAAGAGCAUAAAGCCUCCUGAAAUCCCCUCCAAACAUGUGAGAAACUGGAUUCCUAAAGUCCUGGAGCAGAGGAGGCAGGGCCUGGAGUUCUACCUGCAGACCAUAAUUAUGGAAAAUGAAGUUCUCCCAAAGAUAUUCCUGGAUUUCCUGAACAUCCGCCAUUUUCCCUCCGUGCCAAAAACCGAAAGCUGUGGGUCGUUCGACACAGAAUCUGAGGAGUCGAGUAAACUCUCACAUCAGCCCGUCUUGCUGUUCCUGCGAGACCCCUACCUGCUGUCUCCUGCACACGAUGUGUUUUCCAACGUGGUGAUCGAGGGCGUGAUCCACGGCGUCUUCUAUCCAGACCUUCAGCCGAGGUAGAGCCCUGAAAGAGGAGACACCGCCGUGAAGGGACGCUUCACAUCGCCGUGUCGGGAAAGACGGGGCGCGUUAGCAAGACGUACUGAGCCGCCUCCACGUCUCCAGAGUCGUGUAACGAAAAGAUGCUUUCUGUUUUUAGAAUAUCAGGACCGUAAAAGCAUAUCACCUCAUUUUAAGCACUGAACACUAAAUCAUCCAUCAUCUCUUCAACCAGUAACUUUCAAAAGGUACUUUUGACUGAAAUCAUCAACGAAGCAGUUUGACAAGUUUAGUUGAAUAAUGAAAUAACUAACGCAGCUAAUAAUGAAUUUAUUUAUUUAUUACUCGGGAGGAUAAUGAGUGGCAUCAAUACCCAGCUAAACCAUCCACUAAAAGAAGGGGCUAAAAAUGAUUGAAAAUAAAAGAUCGUGACUGGUUCCUGAGGUCAGAGCCAGACAGGAAAUACCUGCAGAUUGCAGCUCUGGAGGUUAGUGUGGCAGAGUGCAUUUGGCUGGACUGUGGCCUUCAGUGAGUCACGGCCUGCCGGCAGAGAGGAGCCACUCCCGCUGUGGCCUCUCUCCCUUCAGAAGUUCCCUUUUGAGCUGCCAAAUGGAGCCAGUCGCUGGAGAUAACUACAGCUUCAAAAAGCGAUGGUUGGCGGUGACGUGGAUCCUGUUUAUUUUGUGAACUACAGCGCCACUCGGCAGAAAUACGCUGUCAGCGGAGAAAGACGUCACGAGUUUCAGAUGCUGAUUGAAGAAGUAUAAUAACUUCAAACUCUAGGGUUCUUCUACAUUAUUAUCUAUAAUUAUUAGGUUUCCUUCACCUUCCUCUUGAGAUUAUCACAUUUUUGCAACACUAGGUGGAGACGCUGUCAGAGCGCUGUUACCGUCUGACACUACUGACGGCUCAUUUAAGUAAAAUCUCUUCAGAAGAUAUUUAAAUGAAGUUGUCGUCAACAAGCCUGCUCCUAGUAAAUGGUCUCAAAUAUAAGAAUAAUCAUCUCCAGACUCUGUGCAGUGGCGUCUCGGUGACCGUAGCCACUGGCUAACCUCAGUUUGUGUGAAACUGAGGAGCAUGUUGAUCCGACUCACUGAAGAUCAGCCUGGAACCCGUUAUCAUUAGUGCCAGUAGUGGAGUCUUCCUCCCAGCACGUAAAGGGACACGGAGUGUUUUUGUUUCAUUUGUUUGUGAAAGUCUAGAUUUAAAGAAACAGAGAAACACUGUGCAAUAUGAAAUCAGUAAAAUGUCUUUGUUGUUAUUGUGACUGAUUAUGUAAAACUGCAAAAACCUCUCCACGUGUAAAACACUCCCAAGUGACUGUUUCGUGCUGCUGUCGUGUUGUGCUUCACUGUUCGGGACAGUAGUUACGAUGACCAGCCUUUUGAAGCUUUCCGAUGUGACUGGACCUCCACUGCACCACAGUGACGACGACACAUUCGUACUGAAUGACGUUCAUCUUGGAAGAGCGAGACUCCACUAAAGAGUUCAAGAUUUUUGUGUUUUAACAAAGUGAAUCAUCUAGAAACCCAUCUCACAGAUUUAUAUCGUAUCUUUGAUGUGUAACUAAUGUUGUGUAUGUGAAGUGUCUUUUCUGUGCCAUACCACCAACCUACAGUGAACAGGGAAAAAUCCCACUGUAGCACUUUAAAAAGGGUUUUAUGUAAGAUACUAACAAUAAAGUUAUUUCCACGAGCAA